GGGCUUCAAGUCCAGAUGGCUUUAACAUACCAUAUCCUGGGCCUUGCAGAUUUCUUUGGAACUGUCCUACCUACAGGCGGUUUACUUCUUCCAGUCAACAUGCCGAUUUUAGAAGCUCCCGAAGAGAGGCUGAGAAAAUUUAAGUAUCGUGGCAAAGAUGCAUCGGUGAGGCGGCAGCAGAGGCUAGCGGUCAGCCUGGAGCUCCGGAAGGCCAAGAAGGAUGAGCAGGCCCUCAAGAGAAGAAACAUCACCACUGCCUCUGACCCUUUUGUACAGCAGACCAAAGGGGCCAAACUCACCCUGCAAGAAAUAAUCCAUGGUGUGAAUGCCUCAGAUCCAGAACAGUGUUUCCAGGCCACCCAAGCAGCCAGGAAAAUGCUGUCCCAGGAGAGGAAUCCUCCUCUGAAGCUGAUGGUGGAAGCAGGGCUCAUUCCCAGACUGGUGCAGUUGCUGAGGUCCUCCCUGCACCCCUGCCUGCAGUUCGAGGCAGCCUGGGCUCUGACCAACAUUGCCUCGGGGGCUUCGGAGCUGACUCGCGCUGUCGUGGAGGGGGGCGCCAUCCAGCCCUUGGUGGAGCUGCUGGCUUCCCCGCAUAUGAGCGUGUGUGAACAGGCAGUGUGGGCCCUUGGUAAUAUUGCAGGUGAUGGCCCAGAAUUCAGAGACAUCGUUAUCUCCAGCAAUGCCAUCCCACAUCUGCUGGCCCUGGCUUCCUCAAAUGUACCAGUCACAUUUCUACGGAACAUUGUCUGGACCUUGUCCAACCUGUGCCGGAACAAGAACCCGUGCCCUUGUGAUAACGCGGUGAAGCAGAUGUUGCCCGUCCUCUCCCACCUCCUGCAGCACCGGGACAGUGAGGUUCUCUCCGACACCUGCUGGGCCCUGUCCUACCUCACCGAUGGCUGCGAUGAGCGCAUCGGCCAAGUGGUGGACAUGGGGGUCCUGCCCAGGUUGGUGGAGCUCAUGACCAGCUCGGAACUCAAUGUCUUGACCCCCUCUCUCCGCACGGUGGGGAACAUUGUCACCGGAACGGAUCCCCAGACCCAGCUGGCCAUUGACGCGGGCCUCCUGAGCGUGCUGCCUCAUCUGCUGCUGCACCCCAGGUCCUCCAUCCAGAAGGAGGCAGCCUGGGCCCUGAGCAAUGUGGCCGCCGGGCCCCACCAGCACAUCCAGCAGCUGAUUGCUUGCGGCGCGCUGCCUCCCUUGGUGGCUCUGCUGAAAAACGGAGAAUUUAAAGUGCAGAAGGAGGCAGUGUGGACAGUGGCUAACUUUACAACAGGGGGCACUGUGGACCAGGUGGUCCAGCUUGUCCAGGCUGGAGUCUUGGAGCCCCUAAUAAAUCUUCUCGACAUCCAAGACACCAAAAUUGUUAUCAUCAUCCUUGACGUCAUCUUUUUUAUCCUGCAGGCAGCAGAAAAGAUUUCUAAGAAGGAAAACAUGUGCCUCCUGAUUGAAGGACUCGGCGGGAUUGAUAAGAUUGAGGCUUUGCAACUGCACGAGAACCGGCAGGUUGCCCUGACAGCUCUGAGCAUUAUUGAGCGAUACUUCAGUGAGGAAGAAGACGCUGGCACAUUAUCAGCCCUGCUCCGAGAUCAUGAAUGCUUAACGCCCUUAACAAAAACCUAACCAUGAUGCAGAAUCCCAAAGCCAAAGAGGAUCCUCUUUAAGAACCCCUUUCCCUUGGUGUACCACGGGUAUAAGGUUUUUAAAACUGAAUGUUAAUAAAAUGUUCCACAUUUUCACCUUCA